AUGGAUGCAACAGUUUUUACUCCAAUAAAUGCAUCUUCCUUUUCGCGUCAUUUUUCUAUACCUUAUGAACAAGUAAAAGAUCAACGAUGUCCGGAAGUAACUAUUGCUGUAAAUCCGCAUAUAGGAUGGUAUAAAUCAAGUGCUGACCGUAAAAUGUUUCCGUUUCUCAGUACAAAGAAUCCAAUCGAACCAGAUAUCAAAGCAGAGGAUUGUAUUUUAUACAAGAUGGUAACAAAUUAUGAGGAUGUAUUUUAUUGCCGUCGUACACCUGAAAACGAAUCAAUACGUCUGUUGUACUGUUCUCAUGCUUUAAAUCAUUCGCUUAGGUGUCAAACGCUUGUAUCGAAGAAUAAUGAAAAAGAAAAACAAUUUGGUGCAUCUGAUUCUUUACGAGAUCAAGGAUUUCACCGGGCACGUACUCUUAUUUUAGCACCAACUAAAGAAGCGGCUAGGCGAAUAGUUCAUACAUUUUUCCAUUUAAUGCCUAAAGGCUCCACAGUAAGUCACCGACGUCGUUUUGAACGAGAUUUUGGUCCACAACCUGGAGAUACUGACAAAGAGAAGAAAAAGGGUAGAAAACCUAAAGAUUAUGAAGAAUGGUUCAGUGGUAAUUCAAGUGACAAUUUUCGUAUUGGUAUUGCAUUUUCUAAAAAGUCUGUAAAGUUGUAUUCUGCAUUCCGUGAUUCCGAUAUAAUUCUAGCUUCUCCUUUGGGAAUUAAAACUGUUAUCGAUGACGAAGUAGAGAAAGAAGCUGAUGUUCAAUAUAUCAUAGCAUCUAUCGAAUUGUUGAUUAUCGAUCAAGCUGAAAUGUUAUUAAUGCAAAAUUGGGCUACUGUACAACAGAUUGUCUCUUUACUCAAUCAACGUCCAACUGUUCCUGUGUUUGCAUCAGCUGCACGUAUUCGAUUAUGUUACUUAGCUGGUUAUGGUAAACGUUAUCGUCAAACUCUACUAUUCUCUGCCGUAUCAAAUUUUUUGAUCACAUUAUUAUCAGGUGAAUGUGAAAAUUUUCAAGGCAUGAAUUAUAUACCGCCAUUAUCACACUACCCUGAUUUGUAUCCAACAUUUUUACCCGAUUGGGUACGUGUUCCUGGACUGAAAGCAUCUAUUCGAACUGGACAGAAACGUCAACAUUCAGAUAUGAAUCCUAUAAAGGAAGAAGAUAAAUCAUUAACAAAUUAUAACUUCAAGUUACAUUUAAUUUCAUUUGUAGUUCCUGGACAAAUUUCUGUUAAAUCAUCUUGUACAAAAUUGCUUAGUAAAAAUAAUCAAUCAGAUUCAGACGAUGAGAUAGAAAUAUCACCUAAGACGACAACUGAUAAUUCUCUUCAUUGCCUUUCGAAUUCCUUAAAAAUAGAUUCGUCAACAAAUUCACUAUUAUUAUCUACUAAAACACUUGGAUUCACUGAUUACGCAUAUUUAUCAGGACGUAAUGUUUCUAUAGCCCGAUUAAAUGCCUUUAAACAACGAAUAUUACCUAGGCUACGUCGAGGUUCAGAUCCUCGUGUUCUUAUAUACGUGACUGAUUUCUACGAUCUUGAAGAAUUGCGCCAAAUUUUACUUGCUGAAUCUUUGGAUUUUUGUUGUAUUAAUGAAUAUACAGAAGACUCAGAAGCUGAACGAUUUCGUACCUUGUUUGGUGAUGGUCGUAUUCGUAUUUUGUUAAUAACUGAGCGCUAUUACUUCUUUCGAAGGCGGAAAAUUCGUGGUCCUCAAACAUUUAUUUUUUAUGGUCCACCAACAUUUCCAUGGUUUGUCAAGGAAUUGUACGAUUUCCGACAUUCAGAAAGCGAAAUACAAUACAAUAUGACUAUACUCUAUUGUCAUCCGAUAGAAACUCAUACUGUAUCUAUGAUAACUGGUUCAGUAGAAUUUUAA